UAAUACGCGCCAAUCAUCCCUAACAAACCAUGCUAAUCGCGUCUGUGUUUUUCUAUAUUUAGCAAUUUAGUUUGUGGUUAAGUGCGUGAGGAGCGCGCAAAUAUUUCAUUUAAGCUCUCUAUAGUUUUAAGUAGCUAAGUUCAAAGUGAAGACGGUUAAACAAUCAUAACCAUACUGCCCUCCGUGUAAAAUGAUACAUAACAUUUUACUUACACUGACCGCCACUGCUGUGCCGAUUUUGGCGCUAAUUUUCGUAGCCGGAUUGUUCACAUACAAAUUGUAUAUAUAUAUACGCCGCCGCUACAAUGCAACCGUAAAUUGCUGGUUCUGCAAUGAAAACUCAAGAGUACCGUACGAGGAACGUAAUAGUUUUACCUGCCCAUAUUGUGAACAGUAUAAUGGUUUCACCAAGGACGGAGACUACAAUCGGGAUAUGUUUAUGCAGCGCGACACUUCCAAGUGUAGCAAUAAUUCGUCAUCCAGUAAAUCGGUCUAUUACACUUCCACUGCCGCUGCCACAGCCGGCGCUGUCCCAUCGGCGUCUGCGGCGCCCCCUUUGACCAAUGGACUGUGCGAUCAAUGCAAUGAGGCUCAACGCUUGAAAGUGGAAAAGUUGGCACAGUUCGAGCCCAAACAUGAGUCCCGAUUUGAACAGGAGCUUGCCGUCUACAGGAACCAGCUGGAAGAACAGUUUCGUUUAUGCUCCAGCUGCGAACGUCAUGUGGACAGAGUGUUGCACGAAAAGAAGAAAAUGGUUUUGGGAUCGAAAUUCUUGAAUUUUAUUAUCAAGGGAGCCGCCCUGCUAAAGCAGCCGCAUUUCAAUCGUUUAGCUCGUGUGCGACAGCAAGUGAAAUUGCAACGUUAUCAGUUUUUAAUCGUCGUGUUCAGCAUUUGCAAUGUUGUGGCCCUCGUAUGUGGCUUGCCGAUUGCCCAGCGGGAGCAAUUCAAUGCUGUCUUGGGGCAGCAUUUGGCCUCACCUGUAUUCUUUUUCUACUCACAUGUGUUGACGUUGGUAAGGGUGGUAGGAACGAUAUUAGAGGAUCAACCAAGUGUUGCCAAAUUGUUGUUAUAUGGCCGUACUUUUGGUAAACUAAUUCUCUACUCGGUCGGCCUGAGUCAGUUGCAAGUGCAACAUGCCACACUAGCGUCCUGCUAUACUGACCUAUAUCCCUAUGCCAUACUGAUUUUGAGUUUUUUGCAUAACGUCAGCGAUGGCCUUAAAUUUACCCGAUUCACUCUGUUGCUGCUGUUAUGGAGUGUUUAUGCCAAAGGAUCAACGCUCCUGCACUUUGAGACCGGUGGAACUGUAUUUAAUUUGAUGGGAAGCAUUUUAACUCUUCUACUUUUGUUCUCAAAGCGAAAAAAUUUGUUUUCAAAGGCAUCGAUACUUAACGAUGAAUCUGCUCGCGAUAGCUUCCAUCGGCUGUGCGCAGAUGAAUGCAUCAGUGAUGAGGAAACGAUCAGUAUGUUGAGUCAACAGUUGAAUUGCAGUGCCGGCAGCAAUAGCAGCACGGGUGGCAUGACAUCGCUAAUGUCUACCUCCGGUGGCAAUGACUCACUGCGCCAAAGGAGCCUAAACUGUGCCUCCUCCAGAGCUCCAUCUGUGCUAUCGCUAAACUCGCUGCAUUUGUCAUCGCAAACAAAUGGACUUGGAGGCUUGAGACGUCCUCAGCCAACGACUUCAUAUGCGGCUGGCUGUGUGGAUCAGUUGGGUGGCUGGCGAUCAAACUAUGCUCAUUCAACAGAUCCCUAUAUCAAUAACCAAUGGCCACCACGCCACCAACAUCAACAGCCAAUGCUUGGUGCUAAUCCUCUUCUUUCGUCGCGCAAUCCCGCUGCCCCUUCAACGUACAGAUCAGUAGAAAAGUUAUUAAUGCCGCCACGUCUACUUGGCAUAUCCAAGAAUAUUAAUCAUGGUGGUGGCCAUGAUGUUAACGCCUGGUUGGCGGCUUCCAGCAAUCAGGAACUCCAGAAUGAUCCCACCAGCUCCGCCGGCUUACUGCAGACAUCACUUUCCCGCACCUCAUCCCAAUCGUCGGGUUUUGAGUCACAGCCCAGACCAGAAUCCCAAGCGAACUCUUAUGCAUUUGCCUCGGCUCCGGCGCCAUCUCUUUAUAUGUCAUCUCAUGAUUACGGCUGGCAAAAGAAUGUGCCUCCAGCUCCUGAUCAUUUUAUUGCUCCCCUUAGUGUGGCUACACCAUUAGCCUCCCCAUUGCCGCAGCCGCCGACGACAUUGCCUGCCUCUUCUGUGUACUCACAUCCCAUGGAACCAAUGGAUGUUCAAUUUGGUUCCAAUCGUCCGCAUCUCCAGCCUGGGGAUCUUUUACGCAAGUGGGUAGAGUCCACUUCCCGACUCACGCCACAGCGCAAUUAAAAAAUUACCCUUUAACAUAAUAAAAUGCUCUGUGUUCAUUAAAAGAAACUAUCCUUAUAUAUUUAUACAUUAAGAUUUAUUUGUUUACUAUUGUAAUAGGCCUUUUCAAAUACUAUAUUAUUUAGUAAAUAUACUUUUUUGAUUAUUA